AUGUCGUCGCCAGAGCUGUCCAAUGGUUCGACGUGGCUGGACGCGUACCGCGAAGCGUUGGCCUUCGAGGAGAAGAUCGGAAUCAUCGUGCCGACGUUCUUCGCGUUGAUCGUCUUUGUCGGCUUGACGGGCAACGUGCUGGUCAUCCUGGUAGUGGCCAUCAACCCGACCAUGCGCAACAGCACCAACAUGCUGAUCGUCAACCUGGCCCUGGCUGACCUGCUGUUUCUGUUGCUGUGCGUGCCGUUCACGGCCACCGACUACGCCACCUCGGUCUGGGUUUUCGCCGACUUCUGGUGCAGCAUCCUACAGUACCUGCAGAACGUCAGCGCCUACGCCAGCGUCUGGACUCUGGUACUGAUGGCGGUCGACCGCUUCCUGGCAGUCGUGUUCCCCGUGCAAUCGAUGACCUUAAAGUAA